GAUGUAAAUUUAGAACUCUUUGUUAUCGUGAUCACUUCCUACCGGAAGUGUCAAUCGGUUGUUUAGAUAUGGCUGCCACUGACAGUAUUCGGGUUGUCGACGAAGAUUAUGUGAGAAGAAUUCAUAGCAGAAACCCGUCGGGGCAUCUUCAUAAAGGCCAUGGAAUAGUGGCAGCCACAUCUUCAAUUCCUAGUAAAUAUCAAACAAUAGUCACUGACAAUGCAGACAGGAAAGGCUUCAAUGCUCAAGCUAAACGUUUUCAACCAGAGGGUCAUUUUACUGAUGCCCCUGGACCAGGAAGCUAUAUAGGACAUAUUAAAGUAGACAAUGGCAGUGCAUCUUUUUCAAAGAAAGGAACUGGUGGAUUUGCCUCAAAGACAAAAAGGCACACAAGAUAUUUGAUGUCCAAUGCACCAGGUCCUGGAAUUUAUGCAUUACCUAGUUUAUUGACAACACAAAAAGAUUUUAACAAGUCUGGAACUUCUGGUAACUUUCACAAACCUAUAGCUGUACCCAUAGAAAAUGACCCAAAACAUGAAAAACCAGCGCCAAAUGCUUACAAUGUACUAAGAAGUAAGUUAGGCAAGGCAAACAAUGUUACAGCUGAUGCAGCGUUUAAGUCACAAUCAAAGAGAGAAAUGAUAAAUAUAAAACAUACAGCCAAGAUGCCGGCACCAGGUCAGUAUGAUGUAAACGACUCGUUACUACAUGAGAACGUGAAAAUUCCUUUCUCUAGUUUUAAAUCAACAUCUAAAAGACAAAUGGCCCCUGAUCCACCUAAGUUUCCAGGACCCGGUGCCUACAAACCUGGGGAGGCUGUAGAUCCUGCUCAUAAACAACUUUUUCCGAGGAAACACUAUUUAUGUAUAUCAGCGCCUGCUAUGCCAUUGCCUGUGACCCCUCCGCCACCAGGCCCGGGGAGCUAUGAUGUUGUUGAUUAUGAAGGUCCACCAAGACAUUAUAUGUCCGGAGCAGCUUUUGUUUCAACAACAAGUAGAUGGACUUCAAAUGCUAAACAUCUAGACCAACCAGGACCAGCUCACUACAGACCAGUUAACAUGGGAAAACAAUCAUUUAUAUAUAAUGCAGGUUCCAAGUGGAUCUAAUCAGAAACAAUUUGAAGUGUUCAUGCAAUAAAUGUUUAAUAGUGAA